AUGGUUUUUGUACCAUUCAUCGGUAUUGAUAACCAUAGAAGAUCAGUUGUUUUUGGGUCAGGAUUGAUCACCGAAGAAACUAUCCAAGCAUAUACCUGGUUGUUGGAAUCAUUUUUGAAGGUUCAUGGUCAUCAACCGACCCUUAUUUUGACUGAUCAAGAUGCUUCCAUUAAGAAAGCAAUCCCGGUUGUGUUUCCUGAUGCUAGACAUCAACUAUGUAUGUGGCAUAUCAUGAAGAAGCUCCCUGCCAAGGUAGGUUCUGAUAUCAUUUUGAAUACAAACUUCAGAAAACAGUUAUUAAAAUUAGUAUGGAGUGUACACCUUGAACCUGAUGAAUUUGAGGUUAAAUGGGCAUCUUUGUUGAAUGAGUUUGACCUUCAUACUCAUCCAUGGCUUGAGGACGUAUUUCAAAUGCGAACCAAUUGGAUUCCUUCCUACUUCAGGGAGAUACCUUUGUGUUGUUUAAUGAAAACCACCUCCAGAUCUGAGAGCACCAACUCGUUUUUUCGAAAAUUUGAUAAGCAUUCUAAUAUUUUGUUAGAGUUCAUUUUGUCUUAUGAUACUGCGAUAGACAAACAGAGGAAUAGGCAGCGCAAUGAAGAUCAUAAAACGAAUACCACCACACUGACCUUCAAGACAAAUACGUUGAUCGAGUAUUAUGCAACAAAGGUGUAUACUCGUGCUAUUUUGUUCAAGGUCCAACAGGAGAUCUUCAAGGGUUAUAGAUUUUGUUCCCAAUGGCAAGUUAAUACUGAAAUGGGUUUGACAGUUUAUACAAUAAGGGAGAAGAAAAAACAUUGUUCCACUAAGCUUAAGUUUAAG